ACCUCGGCGACACAUGUACCGCUGGAAACAACGCCAUGUGCGGCCCUGAUUUCUCCGCGUGUAGCUCCCUGCCGCCCUACACGUGCGUCUGUCAGUCCGGAUACACUCGCUCCGGAAAUUCCUGCAUGCCCAGCUCAGGUGAGCUGGUAUGCCCAACACUGAAACCAGGCGAAAAUUGCGAGAAAGAGUGCAGUGAUGCAACGGACUGUGAUGCAGGACAUUCAUGCUGUCCCUAUGAGGCGGGCUGCAACUUAUGUAAAAUAAAAAUUGACAACCAACCAACAACAACAAACGCCCCAGGUGACACUCGUGGUGUUGGUGUUGCUCGUCUAUUCUAAUAUGUCACUCUGUGUGGUGUUCAGUUGGUUUUAUACUGGCAAAUAACGCACUCUGCUUACUGGUGUUUUGUUUUUAUUAUGCAUAUUUCCUAACAUUUUGAGUUGAUUCUACACGUAUAAUAACAUUAUUCCUGAGUGAAUGUAUGGCAGUGUGUUUUCUGCUUGUAUAAAUUAUGUUAUUUUCUAUACAUUAUAAUGCU